AUCAGCCUGCAACGCCCCGAAGUGAGCUGAGGCCUCGCCCUUCCCUUCUCACCAGCACCAUCACCCUCGCACAGCAGCAUGUCGCUCACUCCACCGCACCCCGCGCUCGGCGUGCAAGACUUCGUCUCCACGCUCCUCUCCUACCCCUCCUCGCUGCCCUUCCGCUCGCUCGCCGACCUCGCCAACGUCGAGGCGCACAAGAGCUACUAUGUCAAUGCGCCCGUUCUGCACAGCGCCACGACCAUCUGCGGCGUCAUUACGGUCUAUGUCUACGUCAUGCAGAUGAUUACGGGCAACGCCAGCCAGGUGGAUGGCCUGUGGACGUUCCUGCCGCUCGUCUACUCGGGCCACUUCACCUUCCACAAGGCCAUCUCGCACUGGCUCGCGCCGCCGUCCAAGGUGACGUCGAUCUUCCGCGCCUCGGCGGCGCCCAACACGAUCUGGGACCUCAUCGAGCCGCGCCUGGCGCUGAUGUUCUUCCUGCAAGUGUGCUGGAGUGCGCGCCUCACGUUCAACGCGCACCGGCGCGGCAUGUUCAAGAAGGGCGAGGAAGACUACCGCUGGCCCUUGCUGCGCGCCGGCAUGUCGCCACUCCUGUGGCACAUCUUCAGCAUCGUCUUCAUCGCCGUGAUCCAGAACAUCCUGCUCGCCGCCACGGCCCUGCCGCAGUACCAGAUCCUCAGCACCACCUUCACCAAGUACAACAACGCCGCCGUGCCCUCGCUGCCGUCGCGUCUCGUGCCGGGCGACUUUGUCAUCGCCUCGCUGCUCCUCAUCAACCUUGCGCUGCAGUUCGGCGCCGACCACGAGCAGUGGGUGUACCAGAACUUCAAGCGCGGCAAGGACUACUACGGCCGCCCUCUCACGGGCUCCGUCGGCGGUACCACCAGCCUGACGGUGCCGAGCUCCAGCAAGUCCACGGCCGCUGACGGUACCGUGUCCGCCGUGCGCGGCAACAACGCCCUCGGCUACACGCCCGCCGACGCACAGCGUGGCUUCGUGACAAAGGGCCUCUGGGCCUUUUCGCGCCACCCCAACUUUGCCUGCGAGCAGGCGACGUGGUGGAUUCUCUGGCUCUACGUGCCGCUCACCUUCCUGCCCUCGCACCCGGCCGUGGCCGAGUGGCGCUACGUGGUCACCUACGCCCUCGCCUCGCCGCUCAUCAUGAAUGCCCUCUUCAUCGCCUCGACGCUCUACUCCGAGGCCGUGUCCGCCGAGAAGUACCCCGCGUACGCCGCGUACCAGCGCCGCGUGGGCAUGUUCCUGCCGCUGCCCGACACGCUCGUCCGCACCAUCUACUACCGUCUCUUUGCGUCCAAGGAGGCGCGCGCGAAGACCGAGGCCGACGUUUGGGGCACGCCCGUCAGCGGCGUGAAGAGCGCAAAGGCUCAGUAGAUGCGUAUAGCUGUCGACCUGCUGCGAGCACACGUCUCCCGUCUGAUCGACGCAAAAGCCUCCCUCCUUCCCUCUACGUCACGAAAUCCACUCUUGUGUCGCCUAUCUAUCACCCCAAAUCAAGCGCUGCUUACCACAUCAAUGAGGGUGACAUCACGGGCGGCGAAAGGGAAGGACAUGACGUGAGGGUCGAAGCGCUGUCCCGCAUGCGGAUGGGACAGCAGCCGUGGAAGGAACGAAGCAGAGUGGUGUCGCAGGUGAAUGCUCGUGACGGCCGGGCGAAGCUAGCGGAAGCAGGCAGCGGGUAGACGGCAGGCGUGGAGAGUGGAUGGAAGGAGGGAGAAGAGGCGCGAGCGAUGAGCGAGGCGGCAAGAGCCGCGCGGCCGCAGAUUCGCGCCGCGGCGCGCGCGGCGACUCCUCUACUCGGCCGCGGUCGGGCGGUCCCAACUCGUCUU